AUGCCUCUAAUCAAGAAGUGGUCUUUAAGAUUAUACUUAUCGGCCGCCGAUGAGUCCAUUGGAACUCUAUUAGCUCAUAAUAAUGAAUGGAAGAAAGAGCAAGCCAUCUAUUAUUUAAGUAGGGUGCUCACUCCAAUGGAAUGUAGGUAUACUUCCAUUGAAAAGUUGUGUCUUUCCUUAUACUAUGCGGCUAUGAAGUUGAGAACCUAUAUGUUGCCAGUGGCCGUGUAUAUAAUCUCUCAAACAGAUUUGAUUAAGUAUAUGCUUUCCAAGCCUUUGAUCACUGGACGUAUUAGAAAGUGGUCAUUGGCCUUAAUGGAGUUUACCUUCAAGUAUAUUCCACAAAAGGCAGUCAAAGGAAGGGCGGUAGCAGAAUUUCUAGCAGAUCAUCCAUCUACUAAGAUAGAUUCAAAAAUAUGUGAUGAGGUGGAUAAUCUUUACCUUGACUAUACACCUUGGACUCUUAUGUUUGAUGGAUCAAGCACUCAUGAUGGAGGUGGAGCUGGAAUAGUCAUCAUUUCUCCGAAAGGAAGGAAAACCAAAUUUUCUUUCUUCUUGGAUUUCAAGUGUACAAACAACCAAGCUGAGUAUGAGGCAUUAAUUAUUGGGCUGGAGAUUCUGCUAGAGCUAAAGAUGGAGAAGGUCCAGAUUAUUGGAGAUUCCAACUUGAUACUUAGCCAAUUAUCUGAAGAAUAUAGAUGUCUUAACUGGCAUUUGAGGCCUUUCCACUCUUUGGCCUUAGAGUUACUUUGCCAGUUUGAUGAUUUCUAA